AUGCUUUGCUUCAGCAGGACCUUGGCCCUGUGCUUCUGUUGUCUUCUGCUUCUGGUUCAUAAGCAGGCCUCGGCCGACGAAGAGGGGGUUUGGGGAACAACACCUUCAAGUGGAAAAGCACCCCAAAGAAAGUUCAGUUCUUACUGGUGGACCCCAAGUCUGCCAAAGCUCCCGUCCCUUCCUUCACUACCGUUCAAUUUGCCUUUUUAUCCUGCAGGGAGAAAAGAUGAGGUUGCAGAGGUAAACUUAACCGGCCAAGGCCUGUCAGACCCAAUUGAUCAAUCUGGGUCUGGAGAUGGGAUCAUAUCUGAAAAUACUGUACUUCCCACCGGUUCCACACAGGAGUUUCUAAUUGGCGUGACUGAUGUAAGCACGGAAAGUUUUGCUAUAGGAACAUCGCAUUCUCCGCGCAGCGGAAGCGACAAUGGCACUGUUGUUCCAACCUCUGCUACACAUAUCAGAAAUACUCAGAGUCCCACCAGCUCAAACAAGCCGGAACAAACUGGACACCUACCGUGGGACACGACACUAGCAGUAACAGUAAAGCAACUCCCACAAGCCGACGAAAAUCUUUUACAAAAGAUCCCUGUCACAGUGGCGGCAGAAAUCAUGUUUCCUACAGACAAGACAACAGCAAACCCAGGAAUGAAUAUCGUACAGACAACAGCCUCGCCGUCCCCCGAGGUCACUCCAGUAAAAGCACAAGACUCAGCAGAAAGUCACCCGACUCAGAGCACAAGUUUGGAGGUGAUUACCACCAUCGAUGCCAGUGGAAAGGUUACAACCCCGAUAGCAAGAGCUAAAGAAGUUCAGGAGGCUGAGGAAGGUGCAGACCUUGAUGGCUACACGACGGAUGUUUCAGGAGUGCGAACAACGUCUUUGCCUGGAGAAACUGGAGCUACAAUAGAAACAUCGCACAACCUUCAAACAGAUGACUGGAUGUCAGACCUGGCAAGCAGCACAGUCAAGUUGCUUCCAGACUGCAAUAAAGAACGCUCCUGGGCCUGCAACUUCUCAGGCGACUUAGACACAGUGACGUCAUCGGACAUGAAGCCGACACAAAACACAAGCACAAACCAGUCCAGCAGCAUUUCAGCAUUCCCGUCUCCUCUCAUGUUGGUUCCUCUGUACACGGAUUGGAACAGCGCCAUGGCGGCGUGGGGCCUGGCUUGGGAGGCGCACGUGUAUGGUGCAGGUUGCGUCUUUGCGAUGCUAACGCUAGCCUCUGCCCUCAACCUUCUCUGCUUGCCUCUGCGUUGUCCAUCUGGCUGUGGCUAUUUUGCUCUGGUCAGCCUCUUUCUACUGGCCGCCGGGGGUACCAGAUCUUUCUCACUAUUGUAUGAUGCAUACGGCCACCAAGACCGCUUACCCUCAGGCGAAGCCUCGCUGAUGCUUUAUGAGGCACCAUUUCCUUGCCUUACGGCAGCAUUCGGCUUAGUUUUCCUUCUGCUUUCCAUGCGCUCCAGAAUGCAACUCUCCUACUCGGCCUUUCAAAGACCCUGCUUCCUGGCCUGUUUGGUCGCUUUACACUUCACUGCUGCCUUCGGUCCAGGGACUAUGCUCAAGUUCUAUCAGCAGAAACCUACACUUUGCCUUUUUCUGUCACUUGUCUCCCGUGGAGCCUUUGUAGCCCUCGCCACGUUUUUGUCCACUGCCUAUUUUGUGUUUUACGUCUAUGUGCGAGCAGACUCCAAGCACAUCUACCACCUGAACAACACUUCACCUACUCCCGCAGAGCGAUACAACCGCUGCCCCUUUGCAGAAAGCCGCGACUGGGAUCGUGCCGCCAUGACGGUUUGUCUUACUGCUUUGUUUUGUUUAGCCUGCGCGGGGCUGCAGCUUUACGCUAUGCUCAAUGCUAUGGGUGUUACCGGGGGAGAGGAAGUCUUCCACCCGUGGUGCUGGUGGACUUUCCAUUUCAGCUGCAGACUCUGCGAACUGGGCGUUUGCCUCUCGCUGGCAUUGGUAGUGGCACAGCCAGUUUACUGCUCUGACCAGUUACCUUCCCCCGGGAGCUGUUGGACAGAACUACUGACAUCUAAAGCUCCCAUCAUUCCAGGGAGCUGCCAUUGGAGCUUAGGCCAGCAGGAGAAGCUCGCCAUCGUGGACACGGUAGGAAUCGGCGAGACAGAGAGUCUUCCCCUCUACAUUCUCAUGGAUGAAAGGCUCUCUAGUAGUUUGAACGGGCUGGACUUCCUGUACCACAGCAACCGGACACUGGCCUACCGCGAUGCCGAUGUAAGUUUUGAUCAAAAGGGCUCAGAUAAAGUUGGACAUGGAGUCAAUGGGGAACCGUCCGGUGGAUCCUCAUUUACAAGCGACUCCACCACGGACCUAAAGCCGCCAUCGCCGAUUAACCUACGCCGAAGCAUUGACGAGGCCCUAUUCGGUGAGGCUCUUUUUCCCAUGAGCCUCUUUAGCACGACUAGGCCUACACAAAGCAGUGACUUAUCUGUAAACAACCACUGUGCACUUCCCAGUCUCUGCGAUCGCUUAGAUGAUCCCGGCCUUUAUCGGACCUCGUCUUGCGCAGACAUAAAUUCAAAUGCAGGGGCGACUGUAACUGGGAAACCUCAAUCUCCAUCAGUUUCUUCUUCCAGCUGCUCGUCUCCCGAACGCUGGAGGGAAAGCUCCUCUUCCAGCUCCCCGUAUCGAGCGUCCAUAGGGGACUCGUCACUGGUUCUCUGCCCAAGUCCGGAAGCACAAGCUCGGCAACCUGGUGACUCGCACAGGCACUACCAAACAUUGGGCGCCGCUUCACAGGAGAGCCUAGACAUGGACAUGUCGUCCGAGGCAGACCGAUCAGUGCAGGAGGAGUUCAUGAGCGCUUGCAAACAAAUUGACGCACUCAGCAUCUGCAGUGAUACCAUUGAUCUGUAA